ACCAGAUCUGGCCUCUGGAUUGACAUCCUCAUCUCCUUGUCUGCUGCCAGGCAUCCCCACAGCACUUUGGGACUGCCAAAGGUGGAAAGGAGAGGCACAAUGAAAAGGAAAGCAAAAGCCAACAUUCAGCCGCACAUCAAUGUUGGCAGUGACUUUCAGGCUGAGCUCCCUGAGCUGCAGACCGGACCGCCAAGUGAGGAUGAAGAGCCUGCAACCCUGGUCUGGAAGCCCUGGGGGGAAGAUGACUCUGACAUGGAAAAACCGGACAGAGUAAGAGAACUGUUGGACAUGGCCAGCUCCCGUGGCAUUUCCGGGGCAGCAGCUAACCUGGAGCGCGCCCUGCACUGCCUGCACCAGGCACGCGGCAGCAUUCCGGAGGCUCUGGAGAUGUUGCUCUCUGGGGGGCCUCCAACACCUCAAGGCCAUCCCUUGGCUGAUUAUCAUUACGCAGACUCUGAUACAUGGACACCUGAGGAGAAGGAGUCCUUCCAAAAGGCUUUCCACACCUAUGGCAAGGAUUUUCAUCUCAUCCAGAAGCAGAUUCAGAGUAAGACCGUGGCACAGUGUGUGGAGUACUACUACUCCUGGAAAAAAGAGCAUAAACUUGCCAGUGCUCUUGCUCAGACUGUGGGCAAAGCAAAGAGGAGCAAAAGCCCUCCCAGAAAGGAGAAUGGGGAGACAGGGAAGAGAAGACGCAAGAGGGCCCGCAGCGCGGAGUGUCCCUGCUGCCAACCGCACCAGCCGCCUCAUUCGGCGGGAGGCCCCUUUCCAUGCGGGCAGUGCAAACGGGUGUUUGAAACCAUGACGGAAAGGAAUAAACACAGGAGAAGGCAUUGCCCACAGAAGGAAGCAGGGCCUCUCUCCAAGAAGAAAAGACCAAAUUAGCCCUGCAGCUGUCUAGGGCUAGCAAGAGUUAGCUGUCAAGAGGACUAGACAGAAAUAAGAUUGUUUGUUAAGUUUUUAGAUUUUUUAUUCUUCUACUUAGUUUACUAGAUAGGAAUCUCUCCAUUUAUUAGUUAAGAUUCAUUAUUAGUAAGAUUCAUUAUUCAUUAGUAUUAUUAAAGAUGCAUUAGUAUUAUUAGAUUUAUCAGUAAAUGUAAGAGGUUUGGUGUUCGCUA